AUGUCCAACUGUGAUAGCGACGAGGAGGUGCUCUACGACUCUGAGGACGGGGACUUCGAAGACAACGACGACGUCGACGACGGAGUCCUCGGCUUGGGCGGCAGCAGCGGCAGCCAAGGGGGCCAAGCGGGCCCUGACGGCGACGAGUACCCCUAUCAGGUGCUGAGCAUCGACGAGGUCACCCGCCUAAUGGUGGAGACCAUCAAGGAGGUGAACCUGGUCGUCCAGCUUCCGCAAACGACGACGCGCAUUCUGCUGAACCACUUCAAGUGGGACAAGGAGAAGCUGUACGAGAAGUACUACGCCGAGGAGGACCCGGAGGCGCUCUUCGCCGCGGCACAUGUGAUCAACCCGAACUUGGCAGGGAACUUGAAGGGCAAGGGUGGAACGGCUCAGGGAACACAGGCGGCAGGGGAAGGGGCGAGUGGCACCAUUAAAAAGCGACGCACCCGCAGUCAGCAGGGCGUCAAGAUCGAGUGUGUCAUCUGCUACCUCGACUACCCGGAACUGGAAAUGGUGGCCAUCACCUGCGGCCACCAGUUCUGCAAGAGCUGCUGGGUGGCCUACCUCACCACGAAGAUCAUGGAGGAGGGCGUCGGCCCGUCGAUCAGCUGCGCCGACCACCAGUGCGACAUUCUGGUGGACGACGAGACGGUGCUCGAGCUGAUCACCGACAAGGCGGUCAUCAGGCGCUACAAGCAGCUGAUCACCAACAACUUCGUCGAGUGCAACCGCCUGGUGCGCUGGUGUCCGAAGCCCGCCUGCGGCCAUGUGGUGAAGGUGGAGCACUGCGCCUUCAAGCAGGUGCAGUGCGUCUGCAAGGCGGUCUUCUGCUUCGCCUGCGGCGCCGACUGGCACUACCCGCUGCGCUGCGACCUGAUGACCAAGUGGCAGAAGAAGUGCUCCGACGACAGUGAGACCUUCAACUGGAUCGCCGCCAACACCAAGGACUGCCCCCAGUGUAAGAUGCCCAUCGAGAAGAACGGCGGCUGCAAUCACAUGUGGUGCCGCAACCCCAGCUGCAAGUUCGAGUUCUGCUGGCUCUGCCUGGGCGACUGGCGCAACCACGGCUACAACCCCUGCAACCGCUACUCGGAGACGGAGGCGAACCAGGCGAAGACCGCCCAGGACCGCGCCCGGGCCGUCCUUCAGCGCUAUCUCUUCUACUGCAACCGCUACAUGAACCACAUGCAGUCGCUGAAGUUCGAGCACAAGCUCUACGAGAACGUCCGCGUGAAGAUGGAGGAGAUGCAGAAGCACCAGAUGACCUGGGUGGAGGUGCAGUUUCUGAUCGAGGCGGUGGACGUCCUCGUCAGCUGCCGCUCCAUGCUCAUGUACACCUACGCCUUCGCCUACUACCUGGUGAAGAACAACCAGGUGCACAUCUUCGAGGACAACCAGAAGGACCUGGAGGCGGCCACGGAGCAGCUGAGCGAGUACCUGGAGCGCGACAUGACCGGCGAGGGGGCGCUGCAGGAGCUGAAACGGUCCGUCCAGGACAAGUACCGCUACUGCGAGCAGCGCCGGAAGGCCCUUCUGCAGCACGUCCAGGAGGGCUACGACACCGACAGCUGGACGCUCAAUGCAGAGCUCACUGUUUGA